AUGUCACGUCCCCAAUCCCAAUCCGGCUACGACGUCGCUCCUCCUACCACCACUCAAAUACCUCUCGAUACCCCACCAUCCUCUAUACGCUCGACCAACUCCUCAACUACCAUGGAACGACCGGCCAUACCACACUCAUCAUCUGUGCCCUUCCCUGCACCUUCACAUUCUAUAACUGCUGCCGAUAUAAUGGCUGUGCCACCUUCACCUGCAUCCAAACCUGUUCCACCGAAACCUCAUCGGUCGGCAUCGAACCCAUUCAAACAUAAAUCCAAAUCUACACCCUUCCCAUCUUCCUCUGUGCCCACAUCCGGACCCGCUACCUCAACGCAUCUACCUCCUACACCCGAAUCGGAAACUAACGAUAUACCUCAACGACCACGUUAUCACUCUACUCUAUCGCGCUCGCAAUCAACUGGAUUUGCCGGUAAAUUACAGUCAUUGAGAAAGAAGAUUGAAAACGAACUAUCACGAAAACGACCUGGUUCAGGUGCCCCAUCGGCUCAAUCUUCUGGAAGGAGAAGCACCAAUAGGAAACUUCAGAAAGGUACUGUAGCUGGACUUCGACCGAGUCCCGCUCUUACCGUUCCGGAAGGAAUGAGCGUUGCAGAUGCUUCUCAAUUGUGUGCUGCCAAACGAGCAGAUUGUGUUCUGGUCGUCGACGAUGAAGAAGGUUUGAGUGGUAUUUUCACUGCUAAAGAUUUGGCUUUCAGGGUCACUGCUGAAGGUCUUGAUCCCCGACUAACCACUGUCGCUCAAAUCAUGACGAAAAACCCUAUGGUCACUCGAGAUACCACUUCUGCCACUGAGGCCUUGCAAUUGAUGGUCAGCAAAGGGUUCAGACACUUGCCCGUCUGUAACGAGGAUGGUGAUGUCGUCGGUUUACUUGAUAUUACUAAAGUAUUUCACGAGGCACUUGCCAAGGUCGAACGAGGAUCUUCAGCCACUUCGCAACUACACGCUGCGCUUGCCGGUGUUCAAUCCGAACUUGGUCCCGGUCUAUCCACCAACCCUCAGGCAGCAGCUAUGAUGGCCUAUGUCGAUGCCCUGAAAGAACGAAUGGCUCUUCCAGACUUGACUACAGUCAUCGAUGCAAGGACUACUCCAGCUACUGUCACUCCUAGAACUUCUGUACGGGAGGCUGCUAAACUCAUGAAAGAACGACGAACCACCGCUGUCUGUGUUAUGGAGACCAAUCCCGGUACUUCCGCCAUCUCGGGCGUUAGUGGUGGUAACAAUAUCCCUAAGAUCGCUGGUAUCUUCACUUCCAAAGAUAUCGUUCUUCGAGUCAUCGCUGCCGGUCUCGACGCUUCGAGAUGCAGUGUGGUGAGAGUCAUGACUCCUCAUCCUGAUACUGCUCCUCCCACUAUGGUCGUCCAGGAUGCGCUCAAGAAGAUGCACAAUGGUCAUUACCUUAACCUUCCUGUUGUGGAGACCGAUGGAAGACUUAUUGGCAUUGUGGAUGUACUCAAACUUACGUAUGCUACGCUUGAACAGAUCGAAUCCAUGAGCGAAGACCGAUCCAACGAGACUGGACCCAUGUGGGGUAAAUUCUUCGAGGCUCUCCCCGGUGCUGGUGGCGAUGACGAUUCCAUCUCUGUUGUCUCUGCUUCUGAUCGACCUGAUACACCCUCUCGACCAAGUCACGGUCGUGGUCUUUCAUCGAUGACUUCGCCCAUCUCUGAAGUCAUGCCCAACGACUCAGCCUCAGCUGUCGAUGACAACGCCUCAGAAUUCGAAAAACGAGGUGCAGCUUCUUCUGUCGCUCCAAACCCUGUUCCAGUGGACGAUGGUACCUAUGUCUUCAAGUUCCGAACACCAUCCGGAAGGACUCAUCGAUUCCAAGCUCGACACGAUUCCUACGAACUCCUUCGAGAUAUUGUCGCUGGUAAAUUAUUGACCGACCCAUUCUUCACUGCUGAAGGAGCCAAGGAGGGACAAGAAGUUCAUUUACCCGAUCCAUCGAAUUUCACUUUGCAUUAUACCGAUGACGAAGGUGAUCUGGUAACCAUGACAGCUGACGGUGACGUUGCCGAUGCGGUCCGUAUCGCUCGAGGUCAAAAAUCAGAUAGAGUAGUAUUGUUAGUAGAUGGAGGUAAAGUGUGGGAAGAAUUUGCUAGAGAUCUUGGAGGUGAAAAGGCAGUAGAGGAGUUAAAGGAAGUUGAAAAGGAUAUUAAAGCUGUUGAAGAAUCUGAAAAGAAGAUGGAAGCACCUAGUGCUGAUCCCACCUCUGAACCAACCUAUGGACAAGAAGGAGUCGUUCAUUCGAAAUCUGCUCCUGCACCUAUCCCUACGAAAGUUACUGCCCCUGGAUCAGGAGAGUUGAUAGCUGGAGUAUUACCUAAGGAAUUAGCUUUACCUGCUGCAAUUGGAUUUUUGGGUGUGGUCAUUCUUGGUGUUUUCGUGAUGGGUAAAAGCAAGUAA